AUGGCUGCAAACCAAUUUGACGUAGUGUGGCGCCAAGAUACAUUAGGUCUACGCUUUACACCAAACGAGAAUGAUCUACCAGUCGUGUGUCAAGUGCCAUCUAAUGCCUGCCCUGCCUUGUUGGCGUCUCCUUUGGUUGUUGGUGACGUACUCGUGGCCUACGACUUGCAACUUGCCAACCAGUUAAACGGUAUGCAACCAGUCCAAUCGUUUGACCAAUUGAUAACUGUCCUGCGCUGUGCUACGCUGCCAGUCACGCUGCGAUUUCAAUCACGGGAAAAAGAAAUUCCUCAGAGAGUGGACGAGUCUGACGUUGUAUGCAGCUACGUCUUUACAUGGGAGGCCCAUACGUCGCUAGGUGUGUCAUUGGCCAUGGAUCCGUGCUCUUUACACGCUGCAAUUACGACUAUUAACUCCAACAAGAUCUCACCGGCAUUCCAGGACCUCAAGCCAAGGCUGGGCGACGUGUUGGUCGCUAUUUCCCGAGACAUUGAUGACAGCGAAGUCACACGUCUCGAUGAGAUGCGCUUUGAAGACAUCAUUCUGACGCUGCGUCAGUUCCCGCGACCUUGUCGUCUUACGUUCGUGAGACUUAUGGAUGAUACAGCUUCGGACUCGUCCGGACCGGAAGAGGAUAAGGUGCUGUCCCUGGGUCGUCCGAAAGCGACUUCCUCUUCCAGCGACGAAGCAGCGGACAUCUCGAAGCCUCCAUUCCUGAUGCGACCAGUGCAAGUGCUUCAGAAAACUCGGCUGAGAGAUGAUAAGCCUCUUCCACGAAAGGAGAUCCCUAUCUCGAUGAGAAAGAGCUUCCGCAUUGAUAAGCCGGUGCCGAAUCCGCUUUCGUCAGGCAAGAGUAGACCCCACACUGUUUCCACCAUCUCGGAAGACGGUAGGUCUCGCUUUGAAUCGAGCGCAGACAACAAGAAUCAUUACACGGUCAUGUUCAGCGGGGGCGCCGCGGGUUUGCACCUUCGCGACUGCAGCCAGGACGACAAGAACCUCACGAAAAGCAAUGACAAGACCAAUCGAACGAACGGUUACGCGGUGGCAAUUCGGAACGUGACGGAUCCAAAGUCUGCCCCUGGUCUGGAGAUCGCGAUGGUGGAUGAUCUGCUCAUAGCUAUCGGCCAAAAGGACCUUCAGCAUAUGUCGUUCGAAGAUGUGCGCAAGGAACUUGGCGCUAUUCAAAGCCCCACGCAAUUACUCUUUGAGAAGCGCAAACGCGUUGUGGGCAACUCUUCGGGCUCUUCCUUAAUUGAGUCGCUGCUGCUCUUUCUUGUGUAA